GGAGGGCCGGGAGCGCUGGCCGCUUUCCGGGCCGGCCUCUGAGACACCCGGGCCGGCCGCUGUCCUCCCGGGCGCCCCGGCAGUGCCUCGGGCCUGGGCCCGGGGGGCUGUGUGUCCCGGCCAGCUCUGGCGCUGCGGGGUGGCGCCAGGCCGCAGGCACGGCACUGGGGCACGACCGCCUUUCGGAUCUGGCCACAUGGCUGGCCGUAUAGUGCGUGUGGGGGGCAUCCCGACAGACAUCCCACCAGAGAGUGUUGCUGACAAGCUCACCAUCCAUUUCCUGCGCACCCGCAAUGGUGGGGGUGAGAUCGCUGACAUCCAGAUCACAGCUGACUGCCCAGGCUAUGCCCUCAUCACCUUUGAAGAGGAGGAAGUGGCUCAGAGGGUCCUGAAGAUGGAGAACCACAUUUUAUCGACUGGUGGAAAGAAGUACCUGUUGAAGGUGACUGCGGCCUUAGCUGAGCCAAGCCCUGAUGAGAUAUUCGUGGGUGUUUCCAUGAUAAUCGACUAUGGGAAGUUCCCAGAUGGCAAAACCCUCCUGAGAAACCUGCGUAAGGACUACAGUAAUGUGCAGGUUAGCUUUGACCGCAGGGAGACCCUGUGCACCAUUAAGGGGCCCUUCAUGGAGAUGCAGGCUUUCAGCAACCAGCUGCUGCACAGCUUGAACCUUGGGGGCCACCCCACUGUGGAGAGCCGUUUGGCAGGAGCCUGCCAUGUGAGCAAGGUCCCUUACAUGUCUGAUUCUCAGCAAGGGUCCUGUUCCCCCCCACCAGAGCCACGGACAAAGAAACAGCCAAGUAGCAGCCAGGCAUGUGAGGAGGCUGCUGAACGCCCGCUGCACAGAGAGCCUGUGGAUGGAGAAGCUGUGGAGCAGCUGGAGGACUUCUCUUUGGUGAUGGACUCAGACAUCUACAUGUACAUGCAGAAGUUUUGCAGGGACCAGUACCAAGAGGUGCUGCGCCAGCACAAGGUAGAUGUGGUGGAUGUCAGCAGUGAUGGUGUCACUAUUCUGUACCUGCAGGCCUCCUCAGAGAAGCCUGGAGACAUAGGAUCCCUGGUGCAAGCCCGUCUGGUGCUGCUGCAACUCUACCAGCAGCUGGAAGUCAGUCUACGCAAGGAGAAGAUCAGCAAGAAGGAGCUGAGCGGUGACAGCAGAAUGUGGGGGGGGCUGCCAAGCAUCCUGCAGAAGCUGUACCCUCAGCUACUCUGUCAUGAAGAUGAGAAGCAUCUCUGUCUCAUAGGGAAUAUGGUUGACCUCUCCCUGGCCAAGCAAUACAUCCAGGAUCUAAGCACUAGGCUAGAGGCUGAACAUGUGCUCAAGACACCCAGUGCUUCCCUGGCCCCAAACCUAGCAGCCCUCCACAGAGUAGACAAGCCUGCACCUACUGCGGAUGUGUCCACUUCAAGGCUGAGGCCGGGCAGGUUGGAGCCAAAAGGAGAACACAAGCUGGCUGUGAACUUCAGUGUCCCAAAAGCCAUGUCCCUUGCCAGUGCAUGGCCCACAUUGGAUCGGAGCUCCCUGAUGGCAGGGCAGGGGCAACUUCCUGGCAGCUGGUUGAUGGAGGCCAAGGCUCUUGGCCAGAGCAGUCCAGCAGCACAGAACCAGCCAGCUGCAGAGGCUCAGCGGAAGGACAAGAAGGAACUGGAUCGAAUGAAGUCCAGUUCCCUGCGGGGAAGACCCAAGAACCUUAAUUUGGUCAGCAGCAACAGAGAAGGCAGCCCACAGGGAGGGCAGAGUCUUGGGAGCCUGACAAGCUCUGGUCCCGUAAAGCCCCUGCCCCUGAGCAGUAUGUCAAAUGCCUUCCAGUCCCUGGGCCUCUUUGAUACAACAGGGACCUGUUCUGCCUUGGACUCCAAACCCCUCUUAUCCAAAGGUACCCUAAGACGGUCCAAUAGCUUCUCCAUACCACAGUCAAAGGAAAGCAGCAAGCCCCAAGACCCCAGCCAGACAGCCAGGGGAGACCCUGGGGUGAUGGAGGAAAUUAGCUUGGACCCUCUGCACUGGGCAUAUCUGAAGGACGUGCACCAGUCUGCUGUUGAGGAGCUAUGCAGGGAGGCAGGCGUGCGGCUUAUGGAGCAAGGCAGCAGUGACUGUACUUUGCUGAUGCUCCAAGCUGAGGAUAGGACCAAAGUUCUCCAAGCCAAGUGGAAGAUGGAGUCUCUCUGUCUUCAAGUGUGUCCCAGUCUCAUCUGCCAGAGCCUGAGCUAUUCUGAACUUGAUGUAGAUGGGCCCAGCGAUGCGGCCCUGGCUAAACUAUGCAGUCUUCUGAAAGGCUGCUUGACUCAGGUGCAUCUCAGUAAAGACAGGUACAAGCUACAGCUCACUUGCCCAAAGGGGCUGCUACCAAAGGUGAGUGAGGUCUUCCAGAGAUUUUCUGCCUGGAGGCUGCAUGCACUGCACUCUUUGCCCCAAACUCCAGGGCUACGCAGCACUCGAGGCACAGAGUGCCCAGGCACCACCCAGGAGGGAAGCAGUCCAGACCCUCCACUGGGCAGCUUGGGAUCUCUGCAAGUGGGUUCGAAGCAGCUGGAGAUUUACAGUGACACUGAUCAGUCAGACAUGCAAGAGGGUGGCUCUGGGCAGAUUGGAGCUGAUGAAUUUGGACCAGAGAGUCUCAAGCGGAGCAUCCCGAAAGCCAGCAACUCCCAGCCAGUGUUGGGGCUGGGAGACCUGACCUACCAGCCUGAUUCCAGGGAUGGGCAGGGAGACGGUGGUCACGUUGACACCAGCUUAGCAGACAACCAGCACUUGAGCCCAAGGGACUCUCAGGACCUGCAGAAGGAGGAGAGGCCAGUGGGAGAGCUUGAGGUGGCCAGAGUAAAGCAGGUCCUGCCUGACAAAUUCCAGCUUACAAGAGACAGGAGCAGAGGAGGCCUCAGUGAGGAAGCAGGCAGCUUGCGGCCCCCUUUCCCCACAGUAGAUGGUGCCCCACAGUCCUUGCCUAUCUGGCUGUGCAGCUCUGUGAGUGCCCAGCCACCCCGGGCCAUGGGGGAGAGAUCCUCCAUGCUGCAGCCUGGAAGCCAGAAAGAGCCCUCCUCUAUAAUAGAACCUGGGGACACACAGGAAGAGCCCAAGGCUUCAGAGGUGCAGCCAAGGAGCCCCAGCUCUGGCGCUGGGCAGGAAGCAUCUCAGCACCAGCUGGAGACAUGUGACCAGUGCCAGACCUUGCGCACGACAACCUGUUGGGCUCCAGGCGGCCGCACCCUAUGCAGGGCUUGUUUUGCAGCACAGGACAGACUGCCCCUCUGCUCCAGUACCCCCUCCACAGCCAAUCAAGGGACCUUCAAGAUCAGCUCCCUGUCCCAGAGUCUGCCUGGCUUCUACCGUGACCCGACACUCAAGCUCGUCUACAACAUCCCAGAUGGGGUGCAGGGGGCCAAAGACCCCCGGCCAGGGAGGCCGUAUAAGGGGGGGCACUUCCUCGCCUUUCUGCCUGACAACCGGGAGGGGAAGAAGACAGCGCAGCUGCUGAAGAAGGCAUUUGAGCACGGGCUGACAUUCCAGAUCAGAUCUGAUGGCAAGGAAGAGAAAGUGACAUGGGGCCCCAUUCCUCACAAGACCUCCUUGGAAGGGGGCAAACCCAGGAAUGGCUACCCAGAUUCCCAGUACCUCAAGGAGGUCUGCAGGGUGCUGAAGAAUUUGGGCAUUGAGUGAAGCUCUCCACGCUAAGCUCCACAUCCUCCUUACCCAGCUGGAACAUCUCUGCGUACCAAAAGCUCUGGGCCCUACCCAAGCUUUCUCUUGCACCUACACCUUACAGCAGCCAGCAACCCCGAUCCCAAGGUUAAUUCCCAGCUCUGCAGUCCCCUCAUUAUUGCUGGAUGGAAACCAAUGCAGCUUGCAGCUCUAGCUGCCACCUAGACUUCUUACGUUAAGCAGUCAAAUAGUAGCCAGGCUCAUAAAGCUGGUUUUGUCAGCACCACAAAAUCUGAAGCUAUCCUCAGUUUCCAGAACUCCAGUAGUAGGCCCAGCUGGAUACAAAGACCUGACUGCAGCAAGGGAUGGGCAAGCAUUCACCUACCUGCUCUGCUCAUCUUUUUAAGAUGAAAUGCAGAACUGCAUUUGCCCUGUCUGGCCAGCAAAGUUGGGUUCCAGCUGGCUGGAAUAGUCAGACAGUACCAAGGCCCUGAAGCAGUGCAGUACUGUCAUGCACCUUACCUGUAAACUUGGGCUGACCUUUCCUUGAACAAACAUGACCUGAGCUCCCUGUCCCUCUCCAAUGCCAGGGACAGCAGCAAGCCCUGGACUCUGCAGAGGCAUGGUCCACAGACAGCUGUCUCCAUAGGACCAGGAUCCCUGACACUGGCAGUUGUAUUACAAACAAACAUGGCUUAUUCCUUUC